UCUAUCGCCUUUCAGCAAUUCUCUGCAUUUCCAACCCGUUUCCUUGUUAGCUGCAACGAGCAGCGCCAUUCGUGGACCUUCAGAUUCGAGGCGCCGCGCCGUGUUGGUGCCGUAGCUGAGAGCGAUCUUCUGCAUGACCAGCGGGAUUCCUUCCGAUGGAGCGCCUGAAGAUGAUCGCCGAUCUGCUCAGGGCGAGCGCGAGAGGCUCGUCCCUUCGCGCCGGCGUCCAGCUCCACGCCGUGCUGAUGAAGCUCGGGUUCGGAUCGGACAUCAUGCUGAACAACAACCUGAUCGACAUGUACACCAAGUGCGGGAAGCUUGUCAUGGCCGGCGAGGUGUUCGGCGAAAUGCGUGAGAGGAACGUGGUGUCCUGGACGGCGCUCAUGGUGGGCUUCCUGCAGCACGGGGAGUCCAGGGAGUGCCUCCGGCUGUUCAAGGAAAUGCAGGGUUCAUCGACCGCGCCGAAUGAGUUCACGCUGUCGGCGAUCUUGAAGGCGUGCGGCGGCGGCACGAGAGACGGUGGUCAGAUCCAUGGCGUCUGCGUCAGGACGGGGUUCGAGGGGCACGACGUCGUCGCCAACUCGCUGGUCGUCAUGUACUCCAAGGGCCGGUGCACCGGCGACGCACGGCGGGUGUUCGACGCAACUCCCUUCAGGAGCCUCGCCACGUGGAACGCCAUGAUCUCCGGCUACUCGCACGCCGGCUACGGCAGGGACUCGCUGCUCGUCUUCCGGGAGAUGCGGCGGCAGCACGACGAGCAGCCCGACGAGUUCACCUUUGCCAGCCUCCUCAAGGCGUGCAGCGGCCUCGGCGCGGCUCGCGAGGGCGCACAGGUCCACGCGGCCAUGGCAGUCAGAGGGUUCUCCCCGGUGUCGAACUCUAUCCUCGCGGGAGCGCUCCUUGACGUGUACGUCAAGUGCCACUGCCUGCCGGUGGCUAUGAAAGUGUUCGACCGGUUGGAGCGGAGGAAUGCCAUCCAGUGGACGACGGUGAUCGUCGGCCACGCGCACGAGGGGAAGGUGAAGGAAGCAAUGCAGCAGUUCCGGCGGUUCUGGAGCUCCGGCGUCCGUGCCGACGGCCAUGUUCUGUCCAGCGUGGUCGGCGUGUUUGCAGAUUUUGCUCUCGUCGAGCAGGGCAAGCAGGUGCACUGCUACACGGCGAAGACCCCGGCCGGGCUGGACGUGUCGGUGGCCAACUCUCUGGUUGACAUGUACCUCAAGUGCGGCCUCACCGGCGAGGCUGAACGGCUGUUUCGGGGGAUGCCGGUGAGAAAUGUCGUCUCAUGGACAGCGAUGAUCAAUGGCGUCGGGAAGCAUGGCCAUGGCCGUGAGGCGAUCGACUUAUUUGAAGAGAUGCAAGCUGAAGGCAUCGACGCCGACGAGGUGGCCUACCUGGCGUUGCUGUCGGCGUGCAGCCACUCCGGCCUCGUCGAAGAAUGCCGCCGGUACUUCUCGAGAAUCUGUCAAGACCCGCGUCUGAGACCGAAAGCAGAGCACUACGCGUGCAUGGUCGAUCUCCUCGGCCGCGCCGGCGAGCUCCGGGAGGCGAAGGAGCUCAUCCUCAGCAUGCCAAUGGCGCCAACGGUCGGCGUAUGGCAGACGCUCCUGAGCGCCUGCAGGGUGCACAAGGACGUCGGCGUGGGGCGGGAGGUGGGCGACGUCCUCCUGUCGAUCGACGGCGACAACCCGGUGAACUACGUCAUGCUGUCGAACAUCUUCGCGGAGGCCGGCGAGUGGCGCGAGUGCCAGAGCAUAAGGGGCGCCAUGAGGCGCAAGGGGCUGAAGAAGCAAGGCGGGUGCAGCUGGACGGAGGUCGACAAGGAGGUGCACUUCUUCUACGGCGGCGGCGACGAGGCGCACCCGCAGGGCGGCGACAUCCGGCGCGUGCUGCGCGACGUGGAGCGGAGGAUGCGGGAGCAGCUGGGGUACAGCGGCGACGCGCAGUUCGCGCUGCACGACGUGGACGAUGAGUCGCGGGCGGAGAGCCUGAGGGGGCACAGCGAGAGGCUCGCCGUGGGGCUGUGGCUGCUGCGCGACGGCAUGGACGGCGGCGGCGAGGUGAUCCGGGUGUACAAGAACCUGCGGGUGUGCGGCGACUGCCACGAGUUCUUCAAAGGUUUGUCGGCGGUGGUGAGGAGGGUGCUGGUUGUGAGGGACGCCAACAGGUUCCACAGGUUCCAGAAUGGCGCCUGCUCCUGCACAGAUUACUGGUGACCCAACUGAUGGAUGAAACUGAGUUUAUGUCAAUUAUUUCAGGGCACAACCGAAGGAAUUUGAACG